AGAGAAAAUACAUUCCGUUAUAGUAGACGAACUUCAUUAAAAAUUCUUCAAACAUCUUACAAGUGACUGUAAAUACUUGGCUAAAAUGAAUAUUGAUGACAAUAAAUUAAAUACUUUAUUCAUAUUUUUUACCUUAGUACAGCGAUAUUGCAAUAUUGCUGUGGCCAAACAUAAUACAUUUCACAUCUGUUUUCUAAAGCUGUUACCUCAAGCUGAUUGAAAAGAUAUUUCUGGCUCACAUAGAUUACUUCUGCCAUCUUAUCCGUAAGUACUGUAUGUUCCAGUCCCUAUAUCCAGUUUGCAUGAUGACAGUUCAUCACCUCUUCAGUCUGUAUACUGUAUUUGUCUUCUCUCUGUAACCUACAGAAGAGGGCAACAAGUGGCGAGCUCUCUUACGACAGCUGAUGUGAAACAUUACCGCUGAGGGCUUCAGAUUCUCCUGGUAUCAGCUUUAAAUUAAAGGAACAAACGCACUGGGAUUCCCCUGUUCUGCCUUGCUCAGUGCAGCUCUUGACCUCCUGCUUUCACCUCCAUCCCAGUGUGACCUUCUCUUCCUGGAAACUAUCACUUGGACAGCAAAUUUCUGAUUCAAAAAUGUAAAUACAACAGUACUGACUAAAGAUGGCCAUCAGGAAACUACAUGGUGUAAGGAGCGAGAAGAGAAGAAAUGCAGCAGAUGUACUGCAGCAGAAAUUCACAUGCUAGAAGACAUGCCGGUGUAGCUUCCCCUAAAAUCAGUCCAGUAAGCUUCAUGGUCAGGAGAACAGCUUAUUUGACAAAUAUGUGCAACAACACCACCAACAUCACCGACACUAGUUGCAGAGUAAAAACCCUUCAGGGUUUGGCUUACAUUCCUUUGUUUCUCGUGGGUUUCCUUGUCAAUGCUGCUGCUCUGCGUGCCUUCUUAGCCAAAAGAGACUCCUGGACAGACACCCACAUCUACAUGUUCAACCUGGCUAUAGCUGAUUCUACCCUCAUCCUCUUCCUUCCCUUCAGGAUCUAUGAUGCUUUCUUCUGCAUGCCCAAAUCUCUCUUGUGUACUUUCCUUAUGUACACACAUUACAUCAACAUGUAUGCCAGCAUCCUGACCACGAUUGCCAUCAGUGUCCAUCGUUACCUGUCUAUAAGGUUCCCACUGCAGGCCAGAUCAUGGAAGCAGAAGAAAGAGACGGCUUUUGCUGUGUGCUUGUUCUUUUGGGGACUUCUGGUGACAAUAUGUGCUAUAUACCGUAAGGAGAACUACCCUGAAAAACUCUGGACUUGUUAUGAAAGAUGUAAAGAUCAACCACUUAAUUUGCAGUUUGUUGUCAUUAUGAUAUUUCUAGGAUUCCUCACUCCACUGUUGAUCGUUGUGUUCUGUUCCAGUCAGAUCAUCUGUAUUCUGUCAAAGGUGGAUGACAAGUCAGAGGAAAAGAAAAGCACCAUUGGCAUAGUGACAGCAAACAUGAUUGUGUUCAUCGUCUGCUACACACCAAUCCAUGUUGCCUUUCUUGUCAACCACUUUCACCCACCACCUCCAAAUUGGCAUUCUGAAAACACACCUGCACAUGUAUAUUUACUUGUGUCUGAAUGGAUCGCUUCCACAAACUGCUGUUUUGAUUCCAUCAGCUAUUAUUUUUUAUUGAUACGGUUUUAUUCACAAGUCACUGGGAGUGCAAACAAUUGAUCUGUCUCUACAAAUAGUAUUUGUGUAUCAUUCUUUUAGACUGCAUGAUAUAAAAUAAAUAAUAUUGUUAAAGGGGCACUCCACCUAUUUUACGCAUCACGUUCACUUUACUGGUCAUGACGAGUACUACUUAGCCUGUGAAAACAGUUGGAUCAUGACUUCUGUGGCUCAGGAGGGAGUUUGAAAAAAAAAAACCCAGAUGAUGUCAUCAGGGCCGUCUUGGCUUGGCCUUGAGACUUUUAAAUCUUUAAUGUAAACCUGCAUUACAAGUUUAUAUUAAUUACAAACUGGUGUUGUGGGGUUUGAAAGAAGUGGGCAUUUAGGGGACAGGGAGGGUCAAAUGAAAGAUGCUAUUGAGUUGCAUUACGGGAAUUGUAGGAUGGAGCUUGACACAUUUUAGGCACUAAAAGUCAGGAAAUCUUGACCUGUGCUACUUCCUUUUUGACCAUCAUUCUGUCUCUUGUGAGUCCCCCAGCUUUAUGGAAGUGCAACACAAAAACGCUGCAGUACCCCUAUAAAUUUGCAGGAUAUGAUAAGUAGCUAGUUGACUGAUUGCAAUGAAUAUUAUUUGACAUUUUUUUGUAACUUUUUUUGUGAUUUAUUUGUAUGAAAUGUUUGCUAUGUGUAAUGUUGAUGUAAAAAUUAACUUUUCAACUGGUUCCAUGUGACUCCUCAGUUCCCAGUUAGUUAGUUGCAGAGUUGAUUUGUUAAUAUAGGUAUUUAUUUUUUGUAAAUUAGGUCAGUAUUUAAAGCGGAAGAACAAAAUGUACGGUUGGCCUAAAUCAUCAAGUUGCUGUAUGAACUCUUCAGCUGCUUUACGGAUGUUCAUGUCUGUGUGUUUGUAUGUGUGUGUUUUGGGAUAUAAAUACCUGUUAUCUAAAUCCCUCAA